AUGAUCCAAUUCACUCCCUUAAAUGCCGACGCUGUUCCUUCGCAGGCCCAGAUACUGGUGGAUCCUCUCGAUGCACCGUUCCGGGAAUGCGAAAAAGAAUAUAAUUUAGCACUUCGUCGCGAUCAUGAUAGCGCAAAAGAGACUUAUAAACGACUUCUUAAACACGAAUUAAUGAGGAAUCCAGCAGAUAACAAUGGUAUUCCAUUAGCACAGCGAAUAACUAGAUUAAAGUAUUGUAUUUUAAGAAAUUAUGGUGAGAUAUGGGAGAAAGAGUAUGAAAUGCAAAAAACAAGAAUGGAUGCUCAAAAUGCGAUUGAAUACUAUAAUAGGGCAUUGCAAAUAGAUCCCAGCGAUCAUAGCAUCCGACUAAAGAUUGGCAAGCUUGCUAUGUCAGAAGAAAUUAAUGAUCGUGAAGCUGCUCUCAGUGCUUUUAAAAAGAUUCUUGAAGAUAUUGACAUAAUAUCAUCAUCUGCAAACUCUGAAGCACACUCGGCUCUGUUGGAAACUGUGCCAAGGCGAAUUAAACCAUCGGGCCAAUUCAUUUCUACUACCGUUGCAUCUCAUAACGUUCAUUUACAGCACACUACAUGGACAGGGUUGGGAGAAUUGUUGUUAGAUACUUACGACGGAAUGAUGAGCGGUCGGAUUAAACUGGAAAGUGAUACACAUAUUUCUGUAACUAGUAGACGUAUUAUAAUUGAUUGGGAAAUCACAAAACCAUCAGCAACAAUUGAUGUAAAUAAAUCAAUUAUUACAAAAUUAGAUCCGGAUUUUUGGCCUAAUGAUCAGUCAUCAAAUAUUGAUGAUCAAAUAGACAAGUUUUUAGAAUAUUUCACAAAGUCAUGGACCUUUCACAUUUCUCGUGAAGACCAUGGAGAUAUGAUAGAACAAGCAAUUAAUACGUCAAGGUUCAUUUUGUCAUAUACUCACAUUUCAUUAUUAAAAAGGCCGAAAGCAACCUCGGAUCCGCGUUUUUACCGGUUUACACCAAAUACAAAUCCUUACAUUCCAUCUUCAUAUUUUAUCGAUACUCCGGAAGCACAUUCAAUGUUAAUUACAUUUAUUGAAAAGAUGAAUGAUAUAAAUUCGGGAAUAUUAGAUUGUUUAUGUAUGUACGUUAUGCAUUUGUUCGGACAUUUUGUGCGUUCCGAUGAUGGAACUCUUAAAGCCUUAUGGCUUUACCGUUGGCCUGAUAGUUUGAAAGAAGUUAUGAGGGCGAUUCUUUCUAGAAUUGAUCGUCGCUUAUUAGAGAUGAUUGAAAAUUCUUGUACCAGUUGGGAUGAAAAAAGUGACUUAGUUGAGAUAAUGAUGAAUAAUAGCGAGGAUAACAUUUUUAUGCAGAUGAAGCAAAAGUCUGAGGUUGACACGACUCCACCGAAAAAUCAUAACACCACCGCUGUUGACCUCGACCAUGAAACCGCCGAGUUAUUGUUCCGAGAAAUACGAAACUAUCUAAAUCAGAAAUCAGACAAGAUGUACAAAGCAUGGGCGAUCAAAAAUGAUGUCAAAGACACUUGGAAAACUCGACAUUUUCUUGAAGACGAUAUAAACUUUUACGAGGCAGUUCAAUAUAAAGAACAUAAUCAUGAUGUCAAAGAACUUGGUUCUGUCUCAAGUCGAGAUUCUGAUAGGGACUAUGGAUAUCAGGUGUAUGCAAUGAUGUCGGAACCAAUGUCAAUGGAAGCUUUCUCACUAAGUCCUUCUCAUGCAGAAACUUGGCGCAAGCCCGAUGAUGCACAAGCAUGUCAAUUUGCAGCUUAUUGCUUCGGCAAGGCAUUGGAACUUGAAUCCCAAUUAUUGAAACAAAGUGAUAUUGCAAAUAUUUCUCCAGAAUAUACACCGAAUGAUACACCCAACGGGACCGAACACAACACACCAUAUGGAACACCUGAAACUCCAACUAAUUCCUCAGUUUCAUCUGCAAAUGGCUCUGCAACUAUAGCACCUAUUGUCCGGGAUUGGAGGUGUUUGUGA